AAUCAUGCUAUUUUUUGUUUUUAUUUUUUGUCUAGAAAGUCGAAAGGACACAAACUUUGGAUCGUCAUAAAAAACGGACUCCAAAAUAAGCACAAGAACCUCGAGAGUAUAACUUAUUAGAUCUUGAGUCUUGAUCAAUUAACAAUCAAAAAAGAAUUCAAUGACUAUCAUAAAUGGUGGCCUGCUUUUUAAAACUUUUGUUUAAUGCAGUAGCCGUUGAACAUUAACUCCAAAGUUCCCAUUCUAUUAAUUUUUUUCCCGCGGACCCGGUGGCCCUUCUUAUCACCCCUCUUUUCAAAUCCAACGCCUUUUUCCACUUCUUGUUCUAUCUCUUUCUUUCAGUCCCUCAUGUCCACAGUUGCUCCACCAGUGUCAGCGUCGGCCGCUGCUGGCAGUGGCCUUGGUUAUGGUAUCGCCAUUGCCAUUGGCAUUCUCGUCCUCAUUUCUACUAUAAUGCUCACCUCUUAUGCUUGCUCAAGGAUUAAAGGUAAUGGUAAUAGCAAUGGCAGCAAUAAUAAUGAUAAUAGUAAUGAUAACAGCAACAACUAUGAGCAUGGGCAUGACCGGCACUUCACUGCCGGCAAUCCAAUAGAGCCAAUGACGGUGAUGGUGGGUCUUGCUGAGCCCAUUAUAGACUCGUAUACGAAGAUGGUGUUGGGCGAAAGCCGGCGACUACCCAAACCCAAUGAAGGUCCAUGCUCCAUAUGCUUGUCCGAUUACCAGACCAAGGAUACCAUACGGUGUAUUCCAGAUUGUCAUCACUGUUUCCAUGCUGAUUGUAUUGAUGGAUGGCUUAAGAUGAGUGCUACUUGUCCAUUGUGUAGGAAUUCUCCAGCUCCAUCAAAGGGUCCCACGCCUGUAACUACUCCUUUGGCCGAGGUUGUGCCCUUGGCCUUCCAUGCCAGGUGAUGCUGCCAACAAAAAGGUGUUCUUCCACUUUCAAUUUUUCAAGCUUAAUUAUUCUAGCUUUAGCUUCUGCCUUCAAUUCUUUUUUAGCCCGAGCUAAGGAUUAGUGUUAUAAUAUCAACACAC